AUGCGACGUGAGACUGUGUGUCGAGUAGACGAUGGAUGGAAUUCACCGAAAAGCCACGACGAAGCGCAUAGCGAGCAGAGCACGUCGUACGUUGGUGGGGAUGCCCAAGAGGGGUGUCGUAAAUGUCUUCGUAGAAAAAUGGUCCCGGGCCGCGACGAGAAAGAACGAAAUCACUGGGUGCGUGCAUUGGAAGGCGUUAUCCGAGACUGUGGAGGAUACCGAAAAACGCCCAAAAAUAAGGAGAGCGCCGCAGAGGCCCUUAAACGUAAAAUAACCGAAGCAGAUCAGCAUCUCUCAGAUAUUAUCCUUCAGGUAAAAGGAUUGGAAUCACUGAAGGAACAUGCUAGUGAGAAAGAACGCCGAAAAAAAAUGUUGACGAUCUCAUCGCCUCCAGUAGCAAAUUACUCGACACGGUCAAACACGCCAUUAUUUUGUUGCAGGUAA